AUGAACUACUCCGGAGUUAUUCGGGUCGCCACUUUCGAGUAUUAUCCUUACCAAACUUUCGAAGGACCUGGGAGAAAUGUUCCCAUCCAAGGAUUCAAUGGACAUCUCAUACAAGCGCUAUCCGAAUCAAUGUCCUUGGAAUAUGAAAUCGUGGAAUCUGGUGCUUGGGGAUUAGAGAUGAAGAAUGGCUCCUGGAGUGGCGCGCUCGGGAAGCUUCAGCGUGGAGAAGCUGAUAUGACGCUGUGUCCCACGAAUCCAACAGCGGAGAAAAUGCUGAUCGCGGAACAGACGUACCCGCUGCACCCAAUCGAGCUUAUGCUUAUGAAUGGACGUUUGUCGACUUUCGAGCAGAAUCCCUUCGCAAUCGUUCUGGCCCUCCAGGGGAGCGUGUGGCUUGCUUUGAUCUCGGGCCUCUUCGUGAUGGCUCUACUCAUGUCCCUCUUCCACUUUAUAUUAUGUGAAAUGUUCACCGAUGUUGUGAAAGUUUCGCUGUCGAACGCACUCGGAACAUACAUCUUCGUUCUGGCCGGGAACGCUUUGAAUGAAGGUUCUACGAAUCCUCCUCCGAACAGGGAUUCCAUCAGGAUUCUUUGGAUUAGCUGGUUCUUGGCGGUCUCGCUAAUUUUGAUGAGCGUAUUCGCGGGCCAAUUGAAGGCGUCGAUCAUGUUCAAACCCGGAAAACCCCGCAUCGAGACUUUACUCGACCUGCAUCGCAGUAAGCAUGCCCUCUAUGUGGCGAAAGACAGUGCUGGCGAACAGGCUCUGAGGACUCAUUCGGCCGACUACGUGCAGGCCAUAUAUCGGCGUAUGCUUCGAGAGAAAACCAACGUUAAUGCGAAGGAGAUUCUGAACAAAAAGGUGCUCGAACUCAUUCUCCGCGAAGAGGCUUCGGUCAUCACGUCAAGGCCGGUGGAGGCUAUAGCUGCGGAAGGGAAGUGCAGAGAAAUGCCGAGAGGAGAAUUCUACGUCAGUCAGAACCCAGUAUUGUCGUUCAACGCCGUAUUCCACAUGAGUUUUGACCUUCGCGAGGACAUUCGAAGAGGGAUCAACGAUCGAAUCAAUUGGCUGGCCGACUGCGGGGUGUUGGAUAAAUGGUGGGAAGAGAUCGCUGGCGUCUGGAGUGGCUGUUCCCGGGGUGACGCGAAAGAGUUUGAUUCCAUGAGUCUGACCGACUUCGAAGCCGUCGCUUACAUCUGGUCGAUCGGGAUUCUCGGCUCAAUCAUCGCCUUCAUUUUCGAAAUCGCUCUGCAAUGGACGGCUUGA